UUUAAAAAGCCUUUUUCAGUUAUCACUUAUUUAUUUUCCCUUUAGUAAAAAUAAAAUUUCCAUUGUUUUCUCUCAAAAAUUCCCAAAUGGGCAAAGCAAUUAAGUGGUUGAAGGGUUUGUUUGGUAUAAAAAAAUUAGAGAUUGAUGAAAAGGGCAAAAUUGGUACUACAUGUUUUGGUCAUUCCGGUAGAGACACCACCGCCGUCUCCGCCGCAGCGUCUGACCGGUUGUGUUACAAUCCGGCUACAAUUCCACCCAACAUUACUCCGGCGGAAGCGGCGUGGCUGAGCUCUUUCUACGGUAACGAAUCUGAUAAGGAACAGAGCAAGCAUGCAAUUGCGGUGGCUGCUGCUACUGCUGCGGCGGCGGAUGCUGCCGUCGCCGCCGCACAAGCAGCUGUGGCCGUGGUGAGAUUGACUAGCCAAGGUAGAGGCUCCGCCGUGUUUGGCCGUGAGAAUUUUGCUGCAACCAAAAUUCAAACGGUGUUUCGUGGAUUUUUGGCAAGAAAGGCAUUGAGGGCACUAAAAGGAUUAGUAAAAUUACAAGCACUGGUUAGGGGUUAUUUGGUAAGAAGACAAGCUAAUGCUACACUUCAUAGUAUGCAAGCAUUAAUGAGAGCACAAGCAAGUGUUCGUGCCCAAAAAACUAAAGGAGGAAGAAAAUCACUUGAAAAGUUUGAAGAAUCAAGAAGUGGAAGUAGAAUGGAAAUGGCUAGUAGAAGGGUAUCAGCAUCAUUUGAGGCUAACAACAUAAGUGAAGAAAGUGCAAAAAUUGUAGAAAUGGACACUGGAAGGCCCAAAUCAAGAUCCAGAAGAACAAACACUUGGGCUUCUGAUUCUUGUGAUGAUCCAUUUGAACAGGUGUUGCCUUCAUGGGCCUCAGAUUGGGCCCAACAACCAGUUGGAACAGCCCAAAGUACACCAAGGUUUGCAGCAAAUUAUUUUGGAUCUAACCUUCCAAUUACACCAACAGCCAAAAGUGUUUGUGUUGAAAGUUAUUAUUUUAGGAAUAAUUAUCCUAAUUAUAUGGCUAAAACACAAUCAUUUAAGGCUAAAUUAAGGUCCCAUAGUGCACCUAAACAAAGGCCAGAGUUAGGACCUAAGGUGAAAAAAAUGUCAUUAAAUGAAAUGAUGGAAUCAAGGGCUUCAUUAAGUGGUGUAAAAAUGCAAAGAUCAUGUUCACAAGCACAAGAAAAAAUCAAAAUCAAUUUCAAGAAUGUAGUUAUGAGUAAACUUGGAAAUUCAACAGAGUUCUCCACAAGAUUACAAGAUGGUGAAAGGGACUAUUCAAAAUAGUGAAGAGUUUGAGAAAUAGAACAAAAGGGAGUAUUUGUUUGUAAAGUUACAAGAAUGAUGUGACUUAAAAGAUUGCAUUGAACUAAUUUUCGAGGUUGAUUUUUUAGUGCUAGUAAGUGUAAUUAAUACUAUAAAAACUUGUUUUAUUAGUAUUAAUUAAUUGUGUAAAUAAUUAACCACUUAUAUUCUCCUA